UCGAGAGGCCGAUGUUGCCCCGGCUGGUAGUACUCCAAACUCAGUCAUGAUUCUCAUAUUCACUGGACAAUAGAAUAAUUUUUCUCGGUUCAUCAAUGAGAUCUCUCCAUUUCUAAACUUCAAAAAUUGAAAAUUUGUUCGUUAUCCGUUUUUUAAGAAUUGAUUUUCAUUCGAUAAACUGUCAUGGGGUCUGUGGUACCGGUUCUGAUUGUCGUUGGAGCUGUCCUGGGGCUCGGAUUUGCUGAGGAUUGCAAGGGCUGUGUGCCAUUGGAUUCUUAUUCAUUCGAUAAGGUAAUCUCGAAGUUCAGGGCAGCAAUUGUGAAAUUCGAUGUGGCAUUUCCGUAUGGGGAGAAGCACGAGGCAUUUGCGAACGUGGCUGCAGAGAUCCGAGACACCGAGGACCUUAUCCUCGCGGAGGUUGGUGUGAAGGACUACGGGAACAAGGAUAAUUCGGACCUGGUGAAGCGUUUUGAUAUCGACAGGAAGGAUUUCCCCGUGAUCAUGCUGUUUAGCCAGGGGCAGAGUCAGCCCGUCAGGCUGAUGGACGGCAAUGAGCCGGAUUUCACUGUCGAGCACCUCAAGAGGCUGAUCAGAUCCAAGGCUGGCAUCUACGUCGGCCUCCCUGGAUGUGUAGAACAGCUGGACAGGCUCGCCGAGGAUUUCAGAACGGCUCAGGAGAAGGAACGACAAGAAAUUCUGAAGAAAGCUAAAGUAUUCCAAGAGACUGUUCCCGAGGAGCACAGGUCAGCAGCCCAGGUCUACGUGAAGAUGAUGGAGAAAAUCCUGGAGCGUGGGGAUGUCUUCGUCCAAAGUGAGCAGACGAGGAUCGAGGGUCUGCUGAAAGGGAAAUUGUCGGACGAGAAAAAGCGUACGAUGGAGAAAAAACGGAAUAUUUUGCUGUCGUUCCAUCACAGGGACGAGCUCUGAGGUAGCAAUCAGGGGACGAUGAACAUAAUCAGGGUGAACGCACUGUUGACUUGAAUUUUCACGAGCUCACUGAUCAAGAUUUUUCUAUUCACUACCAUAAAUUACUGUUCACGUUCCAGAUCUCAUUUACUUCAGAUCGAAAACCAAAAGUCUGAGUUGUUGUCACAAAUUUAUGAAUACAAUUACCAAUAAUAAUUAAUUAAUUAAACAAUUAAUCAAAUAAUUCAUUAAUUGAUCAAUUGCUUGAUUGAGAAAUUAUGAUCAUACAAUUGAAAUAUCGAGUAUUCGAUAUCCAACGAUUGAAAAACUUCUGUAAAGUGUGAUCCAAGUACAUUCGUCUCGUCGAAUGAAUUUGCUGUAAACUAAGAAAACCUGCAAGUCUGUUGAUUAAUUAUAUAAUUUGAAUAAAUAA